AGAGCUCACAGCUGACAACCCUUGGGAUAAAGCAGAAUGCCUCGUUAGUGCCAUGGGUUCUCCAGAGCAAAGUGUGAUCAUGCUCAUCUCUGUCUUCUUCUCUGACUAUCGGUGUGUCUCUGAGCGUGUGGACGUGCAGAUGUGCAUGACUGUGUCUGUCUCACUGACUCACUAAAUUAAAUCAACUCACUGGUGCAAUUACGCAACAAUCUCUGUCUUCCAAUGAAUUAAAAUGUUACAUUCAAUUCAGUUCAAAAUCCGUCAAGAGAGAAAUUCCAAUGAUUCCAGCAGCAAAUCAUUUGUAAAAGUUUGUAUGUCACCAGUUCUGGUCAGUCAGUAUACAGUUGUCCAAAAUAAAUAAUCCCCAUGAUAAAACCACACAUAUAUUCCAGUAGGACUAAAUGUGUCCACAUACAUAUGUUCUAUUUGCUCCUAGCAGAACUUGGCUAGGAGAAGAGACUGUCUCAUACUCCCUAAAGAACUUCGCAUGUCAAAUUUGAAAAAAGCAGCAAUAUUUCUGUUGUUUGUCCCUCUUGAGCCACCAUAGCAACAGCAUAGCCAGAAAUAGCUGGAAACAGCAUGGCCAGAAACACUUCCUCAAAAUUAAUCUAAGCUAAAUCAAGAAAUCUGCCAUUCAUUUUGACUUUUUUACUGAAACGGUCUUAGUUGCGCAAUUUUACAUUUAGGUAACACUUCAUGUUCCCCCACUCCUACUAGGAGUAGUACUGCUGACCAAUCACCAAGACUUCAGUUACCUAACCCUAAUCCUAACCCUAAUCCUAACCCUAAUCCUAACCCUAACCCUAAUCCUAACAAAAACAAAUGGACGUGCACGAACAGCCGAAGACCAAAACUAACAAAAACAUCACAAAAUGUUACAUAAUACAUGCCCAAACUGUUUCAAAUGUAAAGCAUACGGUAAGUUUAAGAAACAGCCAUCCAAACUUGCAGUAACAGGUGUGAGCAAUCAGUUGGCACAGUCAUUUUGGUGUUUUUCCCAGUAAGGUUUUGCAAGCAGGAUAAUGAGGGUUCCAAGCUUUCCAAAACACAUGAACAGGAAAAAACUUGGUCCACCCCAUCAUCAGUGAUGAGGAUCUUAAAGUUGUUAAUACUGUAGAUGAAUGUAAUCACAGUUAAUGUCAUGAGUCAAGAGCACCCUAUUUACAGGCCAUAAGUGGAUCAUUUCAUGUAAUGGAAAAAAUAUAGGCCCAGUAGUGGAUUUCUGCCCACUACAGUAAUGUAUGGUACCUGUCUGUCUGUACAUGGAAAAGACUCAUGGUUAAUGUCACCAUAUGUCACAAUGACAUUACAUGUCACUCAUCUAAUUUCCCCCUCCCACCUCUUUCUCUCUCGCUCUCUCUCUCUCUCUCUCUCUCUCUCUCUUCUCUCUCUCUCUCUCUCACACUCACUAUUUCUCUCUUUCUGUCACCCUUUAUCCUUAUCUGUGUCUCUCUGUCUCUCUCUCCCCUCCCCCCCCCCUCUCUCUCUUUCUCCAGAGCCAUAAUGUCUAACUCCUCCUCCUCUGUGGUCUGCCCUUUCUACAACAGCAUAUAUACCACCCAUUCAUCCCUCUCUUUCCCUCCAGAGCCAAGACCUCCAACUGUCCUCCACUUCCUCAUCACUCUCCUCCAGGAUGUUCAACUCCUCCUCCUCUGCGUUCUGUCCUCUCCUCCAGACCAUGCUGGACCACUCUCUGAACAACAACACGGGGGUCAACCUGGUGGUGGUGUGGGUCCACGGCCUGGUCUCUUGUCUGGGUAUCCUGGAGAACGCUCUGGUCCUCUGGGUGGUCGGCUUCCGCCUGCGCCGCCGGACCGUGGCCUCUGUCUGGGUUCUCAACCUGGCCCUGUCAGACUUCCUGGCUACGCUGACCCUCCCUCUCUUUACACACUACCUGCACUCCUCACACAGCUGGGAGCUGGGAGGUCCGCUGUGUAUGGCCCAGUCCUCAGUCUUCUUCCUCAACAUGUUUGUGUCAGCCUUCCUCCUGGCGGCCAUUUCUCUGGACCGCUGUCUCCUGGUGGCGCGGCCCGUCUGGAGCCAGAACCACCGCUCCAUCAGCGCCGCCUGGAAGGUGUGUGCUUUGGGCUGGUUGUGGGCGGCGGCCAACACCUUCCCUUACUUCCUGUUCCGGGCGGUGACGGAGAAGACGGACGGAAGGAAGCUCUGCUACCACCAUUUUGGAUUGUACUCGUCGCCAGGGAUGCUGGAGAGGGACUGUAGGGUACGGCAGGCGGCGACCGCCGUGUCCAAGACGCUCCUGGCUUUCCUACUCCCCCUAGUGGUGAUUGCAGGGAGCUACGCCCUCUUUGGCAUCAGUCUGAGCCAGAGGAGGAAGAGGAGGAGGAAUAACAGCAGUAGUAGACUCACUGGGGCUUUGAUUGUUACCAACGUGGAACGUAGAGAGUCAAAACCCAACACAAACACCAAAAGCUCCACCCCCAACCCAAAAGGCUCCACCCCUACCUCCGUCAAAUUGUCUUCUAGACGGACCGAGCCCGGCCUAUCCCGUGGCUUCACCAAAAUGGUGACAUCAGUCAUCGCGACGUUUGCCCUCUGCUGGGCGCCUUAUCACGUGUUCUGCCUCAUUGAGGUUGCCGCCCAGUACUGGCCGACCAAGGUCGUGUUGGUGGAGGUGGGGUUGCCAAUAGCGACGACCUUUGCCUUCCUAAACCCGGUGUUAAACCCGGUGCUAUACGCGUUCAGCUGUCCCAACUUCUGCGUCCGGAUCAGACAGAGUCUGGGGGCGCUGAUGGAGGGACUGGUGGAGGAGGGAGGGAUGGGUGGAGUAGGAGAGGGGGGGCUGGGGUUGAGUAUCAGGAAGGGGUGGAGGAAGGGAAGGGGGAGCCUGGGAGGGAACUCAUUAUCGUCACCAAGCUGUCUGGGAACUCCAGGGUCUCCGCAUCUCCAGGUAGAUCAUCUGCCCUCCAUCAACCACAACUUCAAAGCCAGUUGUGGAGACCUGGAGCAAGGAGAGGACCCUCUGAACUGACUAUAUACUGUGAAUGAGAAAAUGUUGUUGACAUCAACUGAGAUAAUAAGAAUCCCCUCUGUUGUUCUGCUGGCCUCCAGGAGUCCUUCCUGUGCUGUAUAUUACUACAUCCUGUCCUAUUGUUUAACUGUUCCUCAAUAACUGUCCGUGUUUAACUAGUUGUUUCUCUUUAACUUGAAUUCAAUUUUUUUUGUGACCGUUUAUAGAAUAUUAAUAUGAUAACAAAAUGAUCUGGCACUUCACAAAGAGUUCAUUCUCUGACAUCGUUUUGGUGGAAAUUGUGUGUGUGUGUGUUCUUGAAAGCAGUUGUCUAUCAAUAAAGAAAUCAAUCAAAAUGUGAUUAUAAAUCCCUUUUUACAUCAGCAGUUUCACUCUCCAGAGUUGUCUGAUUUCUGUAUUUAUACUGUGUAUGACGCUGUUGACUGUGUUGACUGUGUGUCUGUAUUCUGUCUGUGCAUUGUCUGUUGUCUGUAUCUAUACUGUGUAUGACGCUGUUGACUGUGUUGACUGUGUGUCUGUAUUCUGUCUGUGCAUUGUCUGUUGUCUGUAUUUAUACUGUGUAUGACGCUGUUGACUGUGUUGACUGUGUGUCUGUAUUCUGUCUGUGCAUUGUCUGUUGUCUGUAUCUAUACUGUGUAUGACGCUGUUGACUUUGUGUCUGUAUUCUGUCUGUGCAUUGUCUGUUUUUAUACUGUGUAUGACGCUGUUGACUAUGUUGACUGUGUGUCUGUAUUCUGUCUGUGCAUUGUCUGUUGUCUGUAUCUAUACUGUGUAUGACGCUGUUGACUGUGUUGACUGUGUGUCUGUAUUCUGUCUGUGCAUUGUCUGUUGUCUGUAUCUAUACUGUGUAUGACGCUGUUGACUAUGUUGACUGUGUGUCUGUAUUCUGUCUGUGCAUUGUCUGUUGCUGGCUGCACUUGGCCACUAAGUCACAUUCUGGGUUUGUGUUAAUGUUCUUGGCAAAUAAAGUCAUUGUGAUUGUAUGACAUCCAGAGAGCAGUAGAUACAUAAAAGUAGGACCUGUCACAUCCCAGACCUC